UCCCUGCUGGUGCUGGCUCAGGCCCGGACGGCAGGUGGCGGCAGGGACGGAGGAUGGCGCCGGCGGGGGGCGCGGAGCCGGCUCGCUACUGCGCGCGCUUCUCCUACCUGUGCCUCAAGCUCAGCCUGGUCAUCUACGCCGUGCUCUUCUGGCUGAUUGGAGCAUUUGUUCUGGCUGUUGGAAUUUAUGCAGAAGUUGAAAGACAGAAAUACAAAACACUUGAAAGUGCCUUUUUAGCCCCAGCAAUUAUUUUAAUACUCUUGGGCAUUGUGAUGUUCUUCGUAUCCUUCAUGGGUGUCCUGGCUUCUUUAAGAGAUAAUUUAUGUCUUCUUCAAGCAUUUAUGUACAUUCUUGGUAUUUGUCUACUGAUUGAACUAAUUGGUGGAGUUGUGGCAUUGAUCUUCAGAAAUCAUACAAUUGACUUUUUAAAUGAAAAUAUCCGAAGAGGAAUUCAAAAUUACUAUGAUGACCUGGACUUCAAAAACAUAAUGGAUUUUGUUCAAAAGGAGUUCAAGUGUUGUGGUGGAGAAGAUUAUAAAGACUGGACAAAGAAUCCAUACCAUGAUUGUUCUGCACCAGGGCCAUUGGCGUGUGGAGUGCCAUAUACUUGUUGUGUCAGAAACAAGACGGACAUUAUCAACACUAUGUGUGGAUAUAAAACUAUUGACAAAGAGCGCCUGAGCAUUCAACACGUUAUAUAUGUUCGGGGAUGCACAAAUGCAGUACUCAUUUGGUUCGUAGACAAUUACAGCAUCAUGGCAGGUGUCUUGCUUGGUAUAUUGUUACCACAGUUCUUAGGUGUGUUGUUGUCAUUACUUUACAUAACACGAGUAGAGGACAUCAUUGCCGAGCACAAGCUUAGUGCGGAUGCUUCUGUUGCAUUCCAGGAACAGUCAGAAGUUGAACGAGCAGGAACGGGUUGCUGUAUGUGUUAUCCUGGGAAACAGUAGUUGCCAGGCAAAAAACCUUAAAUAAAGUAUAAACAAAGCCUUGUUUUGGUUUGUAUCUGUUUCUGCAGAUCUUACAGACUUUGGACAUAAGCAGUGCUAAAGCCUUUUUGAUAUUUUUAAAAACAAUGCAUCAAAAGCAGAAGCCAAACUUCUCCACCCUGUGGUCUUAAUUGAUUUUCCACUGUGUUUCAGUGCCGAGUAUGCUUUGAAUUUUCACAGGAUCUUUCAGGCAACCUACUGUGGGGUGUUUCAGACUCUUAGGAGUGCUAGAUCUCAUCAGACCAAAAAGUGGACCAGGUGUUUUCCAGAAGCGGAAGAAUUGCUACUGGACACUAUAACCAGCUCAGUUCAGCCACACAUUUUGUUGCACUAGUCAGCUACUACCAUAAGUGACUGCCUGCCUAUAACACAAGUUUUGUAUCUACUCUUCUUUCCGUGUUUUGCCUCCAAGGAAACAAGUGGUCUCCUACAGCACAAUCCCAGGAGCCAACCCUGCUUGAAAAUUGUUAACUAAACUUGUUUUUUAGAUGAUUACUGAAGGAACUGUGAUAAGAGACAUUUUCUGUUGGGGAAAACUCAGAAGUAAACUUCUUUUAAAAGAGAGCUUUUGUUUCUUAACUGGUCAUAUUUAAAUGUUUGUCCUUUCAGAUAUAUUUUCAUAUUGAUUCCUAAACAAAAGGGAGACUUAUGUGUGCUUAUAUUUUGAAUCAAAUGGCAGAUAUUAAAUAGACAUUUAAAAUUUUUAAGCUGGUCCUGACUGACAAACUGAUAUAACUGUGUGUAAUGCCAUAAACUUUAUUGCUGAAUCUUUUGUGCCUUUUAAUAAUUGGGUGUAUGCCAAUGUUUGAAUGUCAGGUAAUGCUUUGAUAAACUUUUUAUGCAAUUUAUUAUUGUACAGAUUUUUAUGGCAGCUGCUAGAUACUGGAUUAAUUUGAAUCUUGUAUGUAUAUGUAUUUUUCCCUCCAUAAAUUAUCUAGAUUGCCUAUUGAUUUUUGGAGUUCUGUUAUGUUCAUAUAUUUCAUUUUCAAAUGUGAUUGUGCUCACAAAAAGUAAGUGUUGUUAAUUUUUUUAAAAAAAGCAAAUACUUUAAAUAUGUUUCAUUCUGAAUUUUACUGAUAAUAUAUUCAGUCAUUAAUCUUAAUGGAUUAUAAAUCCUCUCCUAAAUCUGUUUUUCAUUAAUUUUCAGGCAAGCACACAGAAGUUCAAAUAUUUUUCUGCUGCUGCAGGGCUAUAUGAAUAUAGUUUCAUAUCUAGAGACCUUCAGUACAGAGACUUCUAAACAUGAAAAAAACCAUGAGUAUUUUCCUGAAAACAGUAUACAGUUUCCUCAUUUUAUGCGGGUUCUGUAUGUGUGAAUUUGCUCUUAUGCGAUGACCCUUUUUAUACCAAAAAUUGGUUAUAUGCGAGGUAAAUUCACUCUUAUGCGAUUGGCAUGGUGUAAGCCCACAGUCAGCUGCUUUGUGUGGUGGAUUGUGAGAGUGACGUGCACCAAAAUAUAGUCUCCUGUGUGGAUCUGUGCUCUUCACUUGUUGUCUGUGAUGUGUUUCUGUAGUUGCCAUCCCCAUUAUGAUAGUGCCCUGUGCUUGUGUGUACUGUUGGGGAGUACCAAAAUUGUCUUGUGAAAGUGGUAGAAUGGGUCUGGGGGUCAGUACAAUUGAUGUUGUGGAAUGCAUCCCUAUUUGUUACAUUGUAAGUAAGUUCCCUUUAUGCGAAUUUGAGUUAUGCACCAUUUUCCAGGAAUGUAUGUACAGCAUAAAGUGAGGGAAACCUGUAUACACCAUGUAAAGAUUUUCUUAUUGGGGAAUAUCUUAUCCUCUUCUGCCCCAAUUUCAACUGUUGCCUGUAGGAGAGAAGCCCAUUCUUUCUUUCCUUCCUACAUAUACCCAUGUCUUUGUCCUUAUCCUAUAUUUUUUACUCUAGAAAGGAGUAGUCUAGUGGUCUGAGCAGGACUAAAACCAAAAAGACCUUAAUUCUAAGCUUGCCUUUGACACUGCUUUGCCCUGUGGUCUCUCUAAGUCAAAUUCACUUAACUUCUGAGCCUUAAUUUUUCCUUCCUUCUGUAAAAUGGACACAAUAAUUCUUGGGGGUCACUGUGAGGACUAAUCUAGAUUUGGACCAAGCAUUCUCUGCAGCAUUUCCAGUCCCAGCUGGACUCAUGGGCAAUAGAGAAGAGAAUUGCUGUGGUGACACAAAUAAAUGCCAAGUUUCAGACCAAUAAACUUUUUUUGCUUUCUGGUA